GUCUUCUUCUCUUCUCCUCAAACCGCCGCCGUACUUCUACUAGUACACCUUUGUUCCAGUCUCUCGUUUGUCCCAUAUUUCCGCUUGGAUCUUGGUUGGCUUAUUCGUCCAAUCGACCAAGUGCUACUUCUCUAUCAGUCGUGAUAGAUUUUCUUUUUCCUUCUUCCCUCUGCUUACUCCAUAUUCCCUUUUAUUCUUGACUUUGCUGCUUCUUUCCUCUCUCUCUCUCUCUAUCGACCCUUAUUUUUCUUUCUCAUCCUUCGACCGACGACCGUUUCACCAACCCCCCUUCUCACCUUGCGACCGGCGGAAAGAAAUCCUCGAGCGAACUCUGGCCUGGGAAUGAAAUAGCUGGUUCUGGUUCACCAAAACCACCAGCAGCGUUCCGUUAUCCCUUAGUCGCUUCCCGCAGACUCCCGGUAGGGGUCACGCAAUAAUCAUCGUGGCCGCUACAAUGGACGCUCGAAACUCCCUGCUGGGAGGCGACCCGACCUUCGACCAGAAUGGCGCUCAGUAUCACCACCGCUCCUUCAGCCAGAGCGGCGACUAUGGCGCCGAAUACGGCCAGGCCUAUCCCCAGGCAUCCCUCACUCAGGCCGCCUACGCUCAGCCGACGUAUACUGAGAACGCGAGCCUCCACCAAAACACCGAAACAGCUGGUGCUGCUGGCAGCACUGGCGCAAGCAGAUUCGAUUUUUCUUUCGUCAAAAGCAGAUGGCCUGCGGCCUUCCUGGCCGUAACUGGUAUCCAGGCUCUCAUCAACCUGGCCUUUGAAGCCUAUGUUUUCGGCAAAUUUCAGCUGAGCUUGGGUGCAUAUGUACCACUGCCUCAGGUCCAGUCUCAAUACAAGACGAUCCCUACCUUUCUUACUCUAUUUAUUUUCGGUUUCCUUUACGAAUUGAUCCUCGUGCUGGAUGCCCUACGCAUGAAGAACACGAUUCAGAUCAUCGGCGUCUGCGUCGCCAAUCUGGCUCUCUUGAUUUACUCGGCUCUCCAGCUUGAGCAGAUUCAGAUGGCUCUCGGAAUCCUCGAGGUCAACGGUGCGCUGGAGCAAGGCAUCACAUCUGCCAUGCUGUGGGAUGAUAUCAAGGCCUACCUUAUCGCCACUCCUGUCAUCAUUGCUGUCACUACUAUUAUCAUGGUAUACAUUACCUGGAAGCUCUACCAGCAAUUUGCUUGGGACAUUCUCAAGAACAUUGGCGCCGAUUAUCGCAUGAAGAAGCGCUUCCUUCAUUACCAGAUUUACAUCGCCCUACUCAAGUUCGAUUUCUUCUUCUUCUUGGGUUUCAUUAUUCAGUUUGUCGUCGUCGUCGCUGUCAAGACCGAUCCCGAGUUCGCCCUCACGAUUGCCACCAUUCCGGUCACGAUUGCCAUUCUGAUUGCUGCUGCAUUCUUCACCCAGAGGGAGAACAAGCCUGGCAUGAUUUGCGUCAUCGUCCUCUACUUUGGCGGUCUCUCCUACUUCAUUUUCAAGCUCUUCCGCAUCUACGAACCCAGCCGCGCCUCAUCCUACUUUGCCGUUCGAAAGUCUCUCACCGCCUUCGCCGUCAUUACCAUUCUGCUCAUCAUCAUGACCAUCAUCAAUGCCAUCAUCUGCAUGCACAACUUCGGCUCCGGCCUCAAGGCUCACCUGCUGUCUGCUCGCAAGGAGGAUGAGAAGAACGAUGUCAACUCAUUCGGCAUGAACGAUGUCAAGUCCCCGAUGCAGAACCGCAUGACCAUUGACUAAGAGGAGUCAUUUGGCGCGCAGGGAAAAAAAAUGAUUUAUUUUCCAGGCCGCGGAGAUGGGGGAAAUGUAUAAAAGACACGAAUUUACGAAAGGGAACGGGUUGGCCCCCUUUUUUAUUUAUCCAAUAACAGCCGCGUCAAAGCAGGCUCAUAUAUCAAGGCUAUCUGACAGCCGAAAAAAAAAGGCCAUGUUGGAAGGGGGAUCUUUUGAUAAAAUCCCGUAAAUUAAAUGGAUACCAAUUUUUUUUUGUUUUGUUAACUUUCAUUUUCCUUUGUUAUUUUUUGAUUCAUCAAGUAGGCUCAAGCAAUUCAAGGGCGUUGGAUCUGUACUUCGCAAAUACCACCGAGGACAACGGGGAGUUUAUUUCUUGGAUACCCGUGAUCAUUAUAUCGAAGGAUAUUAUAUAAAAGGGUGGUGGUGGCUUAUUGAUGACCCUGUGUCACUCCUUCGACUACUUUUGUUGUUCUUUUGCUUUUCUUAAGAAGAAGAAGAAAAGAGUUUUUUUUCGCCGCUAUGUUUUCUUUAAUGUGAUGACAUUUCUUUGUUUAUCGAUCUUUGUGUGUUUCUGUUCUUAUCAUACUGCCUUUGGUUACUGACUUUGUCUCUCUUCUUUCAUUUGUCGUGAAUAUACUGAGUUAUGUCUUCUAAUAAACAUGCCAUGCCGUCA